AUGAGUCAGGUUCUGUUUCGGCAGCUGGUGCCACUACAGGUGAAGUACAAGGACUGCGAGGAGAGAAGAAUAAAUGUUAGAGUGAGCAUUGAACUCCAGUCAGUUUCUAAUCCAGUUCAUCGAAAGGAUUUAGUCAUUCAGUUGACUGAUGAUGCUGAUCCAUUUUUUCUGUAUAACCUUGUGAUAUCUGAGGAAGAUUUUCAGAGUUUGAAAUUACAGCAAGGUCUCCUGGUAGACUUUUCGGCUUUUCCACAAAAAUUUAUAGAUCUACUACAGCAAUGUACACAAGAACAAGGCAAAGAAAUUCCCAGGUUUUUGCUUCAGUUAGUUUCUACAGCAGCCAUAUUGGAUCACUCACCUGUAUUUUUAAAUGUGGUGGAGACAAAUCCCUUUAAGCAUCUUACACACCUUUCUCUAAAACUUUUACCUGGAAAUGAUAUGGAAAUAAAGAAAUUUUUAGCAAGCUGUUUGAAAUGUAGUAAGGAAGAAAAAUUAUCAUUGGAGCAAACACUAGAGGAUGUGACCAGGCAGUUAAACUUUACACAACAGACAUUGUCAGAAAAGAUCCAGGAAUUAGAUAAAUUACGAAAUGAAUGGACAUCACACACAGCAGCAUUGACAAACAAGCAUUCUCAGGAACUGACAAAUGAGAAGGAAAAAGCCCUUCAGGCACAGGUUCAAUCUCAGCAACAGCAUGAACAACAGAAAAAAGACCUAGAAAGCAUUCAUCAAAGAAAUGUUCAUCAGCUUCAGAACAGAUUGUCAGAAAUGGAGGUGGCUAACAAAGACCUAACAGAAAGGAAGUACAAAGGAGACUCCACCAUUAGAGAACUUAAAGCAAAACUCUCUGGUGUAGAAGAUGAGUGCCAGAGGGCUAAGCAAGAAGUCCUCUCUUUGAGACGAGAGAAUUCUACCCUUGAUGUUGAAUGUCAUGAAAAAGAGAAGUAUAUCAAUCAGCUUCAAACUAAAGUAGCUGUUUUGGAACAGGAAAUCAAGGAUAAAGACCAGCUAGUUAUAAGAACAAAAGAAGCAUUUGACACAAUUCAGGAACAAAAGGUGGCCCUGGAAGAAACUGGAGAGAAGAAUCAGGUACAGCUGGGAAAACUUGAAACCACAAUAAAAUCAUUAUCAGCUGAACUUCUUAAGGCAAAUGAAAUUAUCAAGAAAUUACAAGGUGAUAUGAAAACUCUAAUGAGCAAAUUAAAACUGAAGAAUACAGUUACAAUUCAGCAAGAAAAACUACUGGCUGAAAAGGAAGAAAAAUUGAAAAAAGAACAAAAGGAGGUACAAGAUAUUGGACAAGCUCUCCAAAGUAAAGAGCAAGAGGUAAGCAAAUUGCAAGAACAGUUAGAAGCUACAGUACAAAAACUUGAAGAGAGCAAACAGCUUUUGAAGAAUAAUGAAAAAUUAAUCACAUGGCUAAAUAAAGAACUAAAUGAGAAUCAGCUAGUAAGAAAGCAAGAACUAUUGGGACCCUCCACCACUUCACCUGCUCAACUUAGCAACUGCACUGUCAGAAGUGGAAUUUCUCCUAAUCCGAACAUGCUUGAUAACAGAUUACCUCUUCCAAACUGUGGAAUUGGCUAUCCUGCUUCUUCUACAUUUGCUUACCACAGUACCUUUCCUCAUUCUAUAGCUGCGAAGAACACUGUUCAUCCAGUUUCUGGACCAAAGGUUCAGUUUAAUUUGCAGUUUGCAAAAACAAAUACUUCAGGAGAUGUUCCUUCAGGAGGAUCUAUUAACGUACCUCGCUCAACUGAUAAAGAAAAUGGUGAAAAUUUGGGCCUGGAACCCAAAUAUUUGAAAAAAAGAGAAGAUAGCAUUCCAUUACGAGGCCUUAGCCAAAACCUGUUUAGUAAUCUAGAACAUCAGAAGGAUGGCCCUUUAACAACUCUACAAGCCUCGUCAAAACCUGGAGUGCUCCCUUCUGUAGCUUCAGCAUAUUUUCCUGGACAAUGACCAAACCUUCAGUUUUGCUUUGUGAAGUAUGAGAAUGGCAGUGAUUCUGGUUGAAGAUCAACUCUUAACAUAACAAUAUAAAUUCAUCUGAGAUAACUUUGACUUAAAUGACUAUUGAUAUAGUAUUUUAAUCC